UCCAAGAAGUUCUCACUAUCAUCGAAAGUUGGAAUGCUCUUACCUAAAUUUCCUGAAAUUGAUGAUCUCAUAAUUCCUGACAAUUUGGAUAAAGAAAAGAUGAAAGUUUUCCUUGUAAUGUACAAAACUCAUUGCCAAUGUCUCGUGGAUGUAGCAAUCAGUGGAAAUUUCGAAGAAAUGAGAAUUUUCCUUCUCCACUUUUGGCAAGGAUUUCCGGAACAUCUUCUGGAAGUGGUUUGUCAUAAGAUUACAGCAGAUCUCGUUGUUGCUUGUGAUUCGAUUCUGUACAGGACGCUGUUGGAUAUACUUAUUCCAAACACCAUAGCAGAAAUGCCUGAAAGUUUACUGCAAGGCAUUCAGAACCUCGGCUUGCACUGGAAAAAAUGGCAGGAAAAUUCUUUAGAAAAUAUGCCUGAAGAGCUGCUGGAUAAGAAACUGAUCCACGCUAGAACUUUUGGAAGUUCUUUGAAACGGCACGCUGCGUUUUUGCAUCUUGCUCAGGUAAUACGACCUGUCUUAAGCAGUGGCAUCUUCAUGUCCUUGAGUCAAGAGCUUGAGGAAAUGGCAUCAGAAGGAAAGGCUCAUGACUGGAAUCCUGUUCAAGACAGCAACUUAAUUUUCACACCUAAUUCAAAUUUAAAAAUCAUGAAGCGUCUGCAGUGCUUACUUAAUGCAUGUUCGUCUGUUGAAGAUAUCAUCAACUGGCUGGAUGAAAUUAUUAAAGAAGUAAUCCAAGAUAGUUCAGAAAGAAAUGUUUUACUCCAAUCAAGGUAUUUCGUACUCCAACUGGUAUACACAUUUAGCAAGAUCUCCUGCGUCUUAACAGAAAACUGUUCGAACAACUUUAUUGCAUUUCAUUUACUUUCUUCUCUAUUACAAGAGUAUCUCCUUCUUGCAGUAGAAAAUAAUUUAGGGCAAGACGAAAACCAACUUAUCAACUCCAGAAUGAAAAUACACCUGAAAUCUUCAAAAAUUAUUAUUUCAGAUUGCUUCGAAUCGCCAUCAUCCUGUUUCUUAGUUACCAGUAAGAAGCAGCAUCAUACCAAUCAUAAUGACAAAAUGAAAAAGAAAAACUGGAAACAACUCUGUCGAAGGAAAGGAAACUCAACUUGCUCCAUUGCUCUCACAGAAUCACAACAUUGUAGUGAUCUAAUGACAACACACCAGUCCAUAAACUCAGUCGACAGUUUUCAUUCUAGUGAUCAGCUACCAUCUUGUAAUUAUGUUCUUCGAAGCCAAAAUUGCUUGAUAAAUUAUAAUCAUUUUCCGAUGGACAACAGCAGAGAUUCUCAGCAAAGAAUCCCUGAAAACAGAGCUUCAAGUGACCCUGAAUGUCUGAGCCCUGCUGAAACAGCAACUGAAAAAAACAGAGGAAACUGUUUCGUAAACUCAGAUGAAAUUUCAACUUAUUCUGAAUUACUGCAGGAAAAAGAAUUUAAUUCGGCUUUCAUUUCUUGCACUCAAAAUACUUUUCACUCAUGGAAUUAUGAUAGAGGCUGUGCGGUUAAAUAUUGUGGCCAUCAUCCUAUCACAGCAAUAACAUCACCAUUACUUCCAGUAUAUGAUAGCUUCAACAACUCUAUAAAUGAUGGCAAAAUUCAUGACAUCAACAGAAUAGUGUCCUCUGGUGUUAUUUCUCCGAACAAUUUUGUACUAAGUCAAAGGGAGAAAUUUUGUGAUAAUUCGUCUUACUCGUCAAUAUUUCCACGCUCUUGAUACCUUCAAUUCCUCAACUGAGAAAUUUCAAUCGAAGUUGAGAGGUGAUUAAAUUUAUGUGAUUUUUGUAAUGCUUGUAUAAGCUUGUUGCUGUCAUUUCGUUAAAAUAGUUAAAAUAAUUGUGUACUUGCUGUUAAAAUAUUAAAGGUCUGAUAAUCUUUUUAAAAUAUUAAAAAGUUUAUGAAAAA